AAUCAGAGCUUGAUGCUAAAGAAACAGAAAGCAGCCCAGCCUACCAUGAAACCUAAAUCUAGGAAUGAAGCUAUAGAGGAGAAAUGGUUUGCUCUUCUUCCGAUUAGCUCAAAUAUGGUUCAGGGGUUUAAUUCAUCCGAUUAGCUCAAAAAAACCCUAGAGAAAUCCAAAACAUCAUCAACAAUAAACCGACAUCUUCUGUUAAACCUCACAUACGAAGCUUCGAUGGUUCCCGAUUAGCUCUAUUUAAAACCUCGAUAUGUCCAUGUUAUCAUUAUUUGAUGAUGAUGGUUCCCGAUCGCCUGUGAAAUUGAAGCUUCAAGAGAAUCCAUUGGAUGGAUAAGAAGAGGCGAAGACAUGGAUCAAGGGGAAGCUUUGGGGUUUUAAUUUAUGUUCACUUCAUUGGAUGGAUAAGAAGAGGCGAUGUAGAUUUUAUGCGACUCAAGGUAUUGAAACUGCAGUUGUUACAACUAAGGGAAUGGGUGUUGCUCGGAGUUGGUGAUCAUGUGUUGUUGGUAGAAGAAAAUGGAGUUCAAACUGUUGGUGAUAGAUUAGGAACUCUGCAGAAGAUGGUUAUCUCAAAUAAUGGCAAGUUAAUGGCAUCAUUUACUCAUGAUGGUCAGCUUCUUGUGAUGCCCACUGACUUCUCAACCAUCAUCUUUGAGUACAGUUGUGAGGAUGAUAUGCUUCUGAUGGUGGGCCCUUAUGGAGAUCCAGUUUGCUAUCUUUAUGAUGAACCCAUUAUCCUUAUCCCAGAGUGUGAUGGAGAUAGGAUAUUGUCUAACUUAAACAUGGAGUUUCUUCAAUGGGUCCCAACUUCUACCAAAUCUAUCUUUAAGAUUCGGAGCACUGAACCAACAACUUUAUUGUAUGAUGCUUUGGAUCAUUUUGACAGGAGGAAUGCAAAGGUUGAUGAAAAUUUGAGGCUGAUAAAAACAUCGUUGCCUGAGGCUGUUGAAAUCUGUGUAGAUGCUGCAAGACAUGAGUUUGAUCAUUUUGACAGGAGGAAUGCAAAGGUUAUUUCUGAGUGUCCACAAGCAAAAAUGACAAUAGAGGAACAAAAAGUUUCAUUAGGGGAGACGCAUGCUGAGUUGGUGAAAAGGUUGGAUGAUGGUAUUUAUUCUCCAUUCUCCCUUUUCUUUUAUACAUUUUCUGCUGAAUGA